GCUCGAGUUGGAAACCUCGACCCGACUCGGUCUAUCCUGUUGUCUGUGCUGCUAUUUUCGAUUUUCCUAGAGCACCGAGUGACGGAGCUCCGCCGUGAAGACUCAAGACUUUCCGACGAGUAAGGGUCAAAUGUUGGCUCAGAGAUUUUGGUCGCAUUCGCGCUUAAUUCUUUGGAACAGAGCUAUUUUUUCGUGUUUCUGCAUCUCCCAAAGAAGUGCCUUCAGUUUUUCUCUCAAUUUAUCCUCAUUUAAAAGCUCCAAAAUCCUGUGUUCCUGUUCCAAUUCCAUUCUUCAAAAUGGGAAGUUCUCUUCUGAUAAAGACCCGUUAUCGCCUCUCUCAACAGUUUCUCCUCUUUCAGGACUAGAGGAUGAAUUGGUAGGAUAUGUCUUUGGGAAGAAGAAGGCAACAGAAGUGGCUCACCUGUAGGGUUUGGAAACAUGUUGUACAAAAAGGGGAUACGGUCAUAGAUGCCACAUGUGGAAAUGGUUAUGAUACCUUAGAAAUGCUAAAAUUGGUUGCUGAUGACUCAGGUAGGGGUUGUGUUUAUGGAAUGGACAUUCAGACUGAGGCUUUAGGGAACACUUCUUCUUUGCUGGAUGGAACCGUCAAUCAGAAGGAGGUGCUACUGUUUUUCUUUUUAUUGUAUAAGCUUUGUCCAGAACAAUUGAAAAUAAAAUGUAAAAUUUUGGUUGAUGAAGGCCAUCUUAACAUUCUUUCAUUGACUUAAACCAUCAUUCUUAAAUUGAAAAUCUCUGGUUUGAUAUUGCUGUAGCUUAACCUUAUAUUCUAGUUGCUAGAAUCAAUGUUCUUGUUGUUCAUUUGGUUCUAAUGAGCUGCAAAGUUUUGCAGAGAGAACUAGUCAAGCUCUUCACCAUCUGCCACAGUAGAAUGGAAGAAGUUAUUCCAGCAAAUACUUAUGUUAGGCUUGUUGCUUUCAACUUGGGAUACCUUCCAGGAGGUGACAAAGGGAUUAUUACAAUGUCCACAACAACAUUGUUGGCCUUGGAAGCUGCAAAGAAAAUCUUAAUGCCAGGGGGCCUUAUCAGCUUGGUGGUCUAUAUAGGGCACCCUGGUGGAAGGGAAGAAUUGGAGACAGUUGAAGCCUUCGCUUCUAGAUUACCGGUUGAGGACUGGAUAUGCUGCAAGUUCCAGAUGUUAAACAGACCAUUAGCUCCACUGCUUGUUUUCAUGUUCAAGAGAUGAAAUCACAGAGGAUUUUCUAAUUAUUUCAACUCUUGUACCAUAUAGCAAAUUAUAAACCUUAUUUAUUUGUUUAGACACAUAAACUCCUUGAUUUGAGGAUUGGCUUAAAAAUGCAUGCACAAACUCAACGACAUAUGGAAAAUAAAUAAAUAAAUAAACAAACA